CAUCACUCGAAGAGUUCCAAGAACGCGACAGCGGGUGGGCAUUGUCGCGAAUCCUCAAUUUGAUAGUGAAUGUGAACAAACUAAAUCCCAUGCGCGCGGGAUGUUACGAGGUGCCGCGAGAAAUAGCGACGAAACGAGCGGUAAUCAACAUUAGUACGAUGGACAAUGCGUGCUUCGCGUGGUCGGUGGUCGUCGCUCUGUAUCCGGCUGAAAAGCAUGCGGAGCGAGAGCCAUCGUAUCCGCAUUAUACGACGGUGCUGAAUCUCGCGGGUAUCGAAUUUCCGAUUACGUUUAAAGACAUUCCGAAAUUCGAACGGUUGAACGCGGUGUCGAUCAAUGUAUACGGCAUCGAGAAUAAACAAGUUCUUCCUCUGCUGCUCACCAGUGACAGGAAGGACAAGCACGUCAAUCUUCUGUACAUGCAAGAUCCACGCGACGACGGUGUCGGCCACUUUGCGUGGAUCAAGAACCUGUCGCGUCUCGUGAGCUCGCAACUAAGCAAAAAAAAGAAAUAUUUCUGCGAUCGAUGCUUGCAUUAUUUCGGCACGAAUGAGAAAUUGCAGUCGCACACAAUGGACUGCCAGAAGAUCAACGAUUGCGCUAUUCGACUGCCGAGCGCGGACGAGAAGUGGCUCCAAUUUGGGAACCAUUGCAACAAGGAGCGCGUCCCAUUCGUCGUCUACGCCGACCUGGAGUGCGUUUUACGGAAGACGGAACCCGACAGGGAAGGUGCGUCGUCGUACGCGUAUCAACGGCACGAGGUAUUCAGCAUAGGCUACUACGUGCGUUGCUCGUACGACGACGCGUUAUCGUCGUAUCAGUUCCGUCGCGACAAAGAUUGUAUAGCGUGGUUCGCGCGACAACUCAACGAUUUGGCGCAUCGCGUGAAAAAUAUCGUAUCCGCCAACGUGCUCAUGGAAACGUUGUCGAAAGAACAAUGGGAGGCGUACCGUAGCGCGACGCGUUGUCACAUUUGCGAGAAACCGUUCGCGUCGGACGACACGCGGGUACGCGAUCAUUGCCACUUAACCGGUAGAUACCGCGGUCCUGCGCAUUCAAACUGUAACUUAAAUUAUAAAAAUUCAUUAUACAUUCCGAUCGUUUUCCACAAUUUAUCGGGCUACGACGCGCAUUUUAUAAUUAAGGAAAUCGCUACGGCAUAUGAAGGACACGUAGAUGUAUUACCGAUAACCAAAGAAAAAUACAUCUCCUUCACGAAACAUGUCGAUAGCACUAAAGAUAAAACUAAAAAUAACUCUCAAAGAAAUUGCGUAAAAUUAAGAUUUAUUGAUUCUUUCAAAUUUCUCAGUACAAGUCUCGAUAAAUUAGCGUCGUAUCUCGAUAGAGACAAAUUAAAAAUUAUACGUUCAAAAUUUCCAACAUUAUCGGACGAAGAAUUUGAAUUACUGACUCGUAAAGGUGUCUUUCCGUACGAGUACGUUGACUGUGUCGAAAAAUUGCAGGACACGCGCUUACCACCGCGCGAAUCUUUUUACAGUUCGUUAACGGGCGAUACCGUAUCCGAGAGCGACUACGCUCACGCGGCGAACGUAUGGCAGCGAUUCUCCAUCCGAACGCUCGGCGAGUACAGCGAUCUGUACUUGAAAACCGAUGUCUUGUUAUUAGCCGACAUUUUCGAAAAUUUCCGCGAAAGUUGCGUCGCGAGUUACGGUCUCGAUCCAGCGCAUUAUUACACCUUGCCUGGUUUCACGUGGGACGCGAUGUUGAAACAUACGCGUGUAAAGUUUGAGUUGCUCACUGAUAUUGACAUGAUCAUGUUCAUCGAGCGCGGUAUACGCGGUGGUCUCAGUCAAUGUUCAGGCAGAUACGCGCAGGCUAAUAACAAGUACAUGCGUUCGUACGAUCCGUCGGAACCGUCGUCGUACUUGAUGUACUACGACGUUAACAAUUUAUACGGAUGGGCGAUGUGUCAAUCAUUGCCAUACGCCAAAUUUCAAUGGGUCGAAGACGCUGCGAACUUUGACGCGAGCGCGAUCGCUCCGGAUUCGCCCACCGGUUACAUUCUCGAAGUCGAUCUCGAGUAUCCGCAGCAUGUACACGACCGACACACCGACCUACCGUUCUGUCCGACGCGCGAUAAGCCGCCCGGCAAGCGGGAACAUAAACUUUUAGCGACGCUGUACGAUAAACAGCGUUACGUCAUCCACUACCGCAACCUGCAGCAAUGUACUCGUCACGGUCUUCGCGUAACAAAGAUCCAUCGGGUGUUACAAUUCGCGCAAUCUCCAUGGCUUCGCGAAUACAUCGAACUUAAUACAUGUUUUAGAACGCGCGCGAAAAAUGAUUUCGAAAAAAAUUUAUAUAAAUUAAUGAACAACGCGGUAUUCGGUAAAACUAUGGAGAAUGUGCGCAACCACGUCGACGUAAAAUUAUUAACUAAAUGGGAUGGACGGUACGGCGCGGAGGCAAUGAUUGCAAAACCAAAUUUCCACAGCCGUAGCGUCUUUGCGGAAAAUUUAAUAGCCGUCGAACUGCGGAAACUCGAGGUGAAGUUCGACAAGCCGAUUUACGUGGGUAUGUGUAUACUCGACAUAUCGAAAGUCUGCUUGUACGAAUUUCACCACGAGUAUAUGUUACCACUGUUUCACGAUAAAUGUAAAAUAAUGUACACCGAUACGGACAGCCUUAUAUACCGCGUCGAGUGCGAGGACGUUUACGAGACUGUGAAACGCGAUAUCGCUAGAUUCGACACGAGCGAUUAUCCGACGGACAACGCGUACGGUAUGCCUCUCGCGAACAAAAAAGUACCAGGUCUGAUGAAGGACGAAAACAACGGUGCGAUAAUGACCGAAUUCGUUGGUCUCAGAGCGAAGAUGUACGCUGUGAGGGUGGACGGCAAGAAGGACAUUAAAAAGGUGAAAGGCGUAAAGAAUAACGUUGUAGCGCAAACGAUAACGUUCGACGAUUACACUCGAUGUCUGAACGAAGAGAUCGAAAUGACUCGUCGUCAAUCGUGUAUACGAUCUAAACUGCACGAGGUAUACACGAUAUCCGAAUCGAAAAUCGCUCUGAGUCCAUACGACGACAAACGAUACGUCGUACCGAAUUCGACGGAGACGUUACCGUGGGGACAUUGGCGGAUACCUUUGUAA